GGACCCACUCUCACAGCUGCGGGGGCAACAUCGCUUGACGGUGGGCGCUGCUAUGGAUGGCGAUGGGAGUGGUGGCAACGGAGACUCCAGCAAAGCUUUUGAAAUGGAGGUCACGUACUGGCAUGUGCAAGGACGCAGGCACUUGGCUUUUGAAGAUGAACUGAAAGCAAGAGUGGCCGUACGAGGUUUCUUCAGCACCUGCAUGAAUCCCUUUCGACAUGAUGUCUAUGAUGAGUUCGGCGAUGCCACACCGAUUGCGCAAUCAGAGUGCCCGGAGUACAUCGUGGAACCCUACGGGUUUAUCGUCUUAGUCGAAAGCGGUGUCCGCGCAGAGGCUUUGACCUGUCGUUUUAUCGCCGACACACAUUUCGUGAUGAACGUGACGUCAUCAUUGCUGUUGGGUGUCAAGCCGAUCGUUCACAUACUCAUGCCCCCGGAGGAGCCAGACGAAUUGAAUGACCAGAGCAACAACGACCUCACAGGC